AGGCCGCGGCUCCAGCUGUCGGCAGCCGUGCCGGGCACCCCGGGGGUGGGCAGCGCGGCCGCCCCUCCGCAGCGCAGGGACCGCCGUCGGCCGCCCCCAAGAUGCUGUUUUGGCACACGCAGCCGGAGCAUUACAACCAGCACUCGACCGGCAGCUACCUGCGAGAUGUCCUUGCGCUGCCGAUCUUCAAGCAGGAAGAGCCACAGCUGUCUCCUGAGAAUGAUGCCAAACUGCCACCCUUCCAGUAUGUCCUCUGCACGGCCACCUCACCCGCCGUGAAACUGCACGAAGAAACCCUGACCUACCUCAACCAAGGUCAGUCUUAUGAAAUCCGUCUACUUGAGAAUAGGAAAUUGGGAGAGUUUCAAGAUUUAAACACAAAAUAUGUGAAGAGCAUAAUUCGUGUAGUUUUCCACGACCGCCGCCUGCAGUACACAGAGCAUCAGCAGCUUGAGGGCUGGAGGUGGAGUCGGCCUGGGGACCGUAUCCUUGAUAUAGAUAUCCCGCUGUCAGUUGGUAUCUUGGAUCCCAGGGCUAGCCCAACCCAGUUGAACACUGUUGAAUUUCUCUGGGAUCCRUCAAAGAGAGCUUCAGCAUUCAUUCAGGUGCAUUGCAUCAGCACAGAAUUUACUCCACGGAAACAUGGAGGAGAGAAAGGGGUGCCCUUCCGGGUGCAAAUCGACACCUUUAAGCAGAAUGAAAAUGGUGAAUACACAGAACACUUGCACUCUGCAAGCUGCCAGAUCAAAGUGUUCAAGCCUAAAGGAGCAGACAGAAAACAGAAGACUGACAGGGAAAAAAUGGAAAAGAAGACCACCCAAGAGAAGGAGAAGUAUCAGCCUUCCUAUGAGACAACUAUUCUCACAGAGUGCUCUCCCUGGCCAGAUGUGCCUUAUCAAAUGAACAAUGCUCCAUCUCCAAGCUACAACAGUUCUCCCAACAGCUUCAACCUCGGAGAUGGCAACAGUUCUCCAACCCACCAAAUGGAACUCCUGCCUCCCAGCAAUGAUCAUCUCCUUCCUUCUGCUUCUAUUCAAGAUGCCCAGCAGUGGCUUCAUCGUAAUAGGUUCUCUCCAUUCUGUAGACUCUUCUCAAGUUUUUCGGGUGCCGACUUACUGAAGAUGUCCAAAGAAGAUUUUGUUCAAAUCUGUGGGCCUGCUGAUGGAAUUCGGCUCUUUAAUGCAAUUAAAGGAAGAAAUGUAAGGCCCAAGAUGACAAUUUAUGUCUGUCAAGAACCAGAGCAAAACAGGUCCCAUCUCCACCAAAAACGAGAAAACGGAGAUGGCAGUCUUUGUGUGUAUCAUGCAAUCUUCUUGGAAGAAUUGACCACGCUGGAAUUAAUGGAGAAGAUUGCAAACUUGUACAGCAUUUCUCCACAGCAGAUAAAUCGGAUCUACCGGCAGGGACCCACAGGGAUCCAUGUAUUAGUGAGCAAUGAGAUGGUGCAAAACUUCCAAGAYGAAUCAUGUUUUGUUAUCAGCACAUUAAAAGCUGAAAGUAAUGAUGGCUACCACAUCAUUUUAAAAUGACCAUGCUGCACAGAGAGACUUUAACAGCCUAAAAUUUAGUGCCUCACUGAGAUUGCUACAACCUAGACUGGAAACAUGAAGAACCUUCUGGAUAAAUGCUCCUGUGAACUAAGAAUUACCAAACAGCUUAAGAAAAAAACUUGCUUUUACAGAUAGAAAUUGUUGGUGGUGUGUGAUUUUGGUGGGUUUGGUUUUUGGUU